GUAUCACUUCCCCUAAUACAUAUACUUUGAGCUGACGAAACUGUAAUUUGAAGGAAUACUUGUGAUUUUGAGACAUACAUUAUCACAAUAGUGAGAUUAUAGGCACAUUAAAAACUUCAAACUUGGCUCAGAAUGUUAAAAACAUUCUAGAAGUGUUACUAAAGAAAACAAGAACCUUUUCUGAUGAAAAUGGGAAACAAACCAUCAAGUAAGUCAUUUCCCAAAAUGAGAUAGAAAAUCCAAAGUAUCCCUUCGAUCAGGGUUCCCCAACUAUCAGCAUGCGGGCCGAAUUUGGCCCGAGGGGGAUUUUAAUCUGAUCCAAAGUAUUCCCACUUAUAAUAGAGAUAAAAUAUCAUAUACAAAUGUAAGCAAGGUUUGAAAUUAUUAUGUUUUAGUCAAAUCAUAUCUGUUUGGGAUUUUGUAGUCAAUGUGCAGUCUUCAAUUAUUUGUAAUAAUGUUCCGGCCCCCUGAUCAUCUGCUCAAGAAAAAAUUGUCCCGAGGCUGAAUCUAGUUGAUGUUCCCUGCCUUAGAUAAUAUAAUGUACACAACAUAAAUCUUUACAUUGCGAUGUGAUCAAAGGUGUGUAUUUAGUUGUAAUAGUCUACACGUGGGACUCACACCUCAGACUGGUUAGUGGUUUUGCAUCAUUGUUUUGGUCCUUGGUUGAACAUGGAUAAGUAAAAGGUGACCAUGUGGUGGUAGUGAUGGGACUUUCAUAAACAUUGUCAUGAACACAUGUUUCUGUUAUUUUGUAGUAUUCUUUUGACAAUAUUUUAAAGCACUAAGUGGCCUACUUCAAAUGUACUAAUAUCCUUUAUAGCAACAACAACUACAAUAGCACCAACAACAGCAGCAACAACAACUAUUCCUACAACCACAUACAUGCCAACAACACCAUUCAUUGCCCAAAGGCCCGUAUCAGCAGAGCAGAUCAUAAUUGGCCUGGUCACCUGUAUUUGUCUACUUCUUGUUGUGGCUGCAUCAGGUCUGUUCGUUUAUACCCUCUGGAGAAAGACAGCUUUGCCAUGUGUGUCAAAAUCAAGAGAGUUGGAUGAUGAAACAAAUACCACAGACAAACCACAGGUGUUUGUUAUUGCAAAUGAGCACACAUAUGCGACCGCUGGUAAAUCCAAGGUGCAGAGGAUGGAAGACCACAUUACUUACAGUGACCUGACCAUCCUAAGGGCUAACGCCAAACCAUCGCCAGCCACAGAGGUGACUGAAUAUGUCAGUGCUAUAAUCUGCACUUCUGAAAUUUAACAUGCAUAAUAAUGCACAAAUAUAAAUCUCUUCAAGGAUAAUGCUCUAAAGUCACAAGGGUGGGGGCAGCUAAGAAUUUGAAUCUUUUGAAGUUUAUUUUGUAUGGUUUUAAAAAUAUGAUUUAGAUUGCAAUGAUUCUAAUUAUCAUAAUGUUUUGUAUUCUAUACAUGUAAUAUAUUAGUAUUAGUAUGUAUCCUUUUUGUAAAUGUUUUGAAUCAUGAGAGUAAAGUAGCCUAUAAUAUAGUUUAGAUACCAUGUACUGUAGCUUAAUGAGAAAAAAAACUGCAUUACACCUAUUUAGUUGUUUCCUCACAACUUUACCAAUAAACCAUUGUUUAUAAGUAAAUCAAACCUAACUCUUUACGGGAA